UUCAAACUAUAUGAAACCUCUCAAAUUUUUCUUAAAUCCUCCAUAAUACAUUUAAUUUCCUUACCUUCUUACAUUUAAAUCAAAGAUGAACAAAGUCAGUUGAAUCAUGUGUUAUACGAUAAAGUAUAAUUAAGGGAUAAUCACUCAUUUUUGUGCAAUUGCAAAGUAGUGAUUUUUAGAGUUUCAUAUUAAUAAAAGUGAUACUAAUGGAGAAAGGGAUCAAAUUUUGUGAUGAGAGUAACCCAAUUAUGGAGAAUAAUUCAUCAUCAACAAUUACAAAACCUUGGGAUUUUGCUAGAUAUGUCAAAACUUUGGUGGUUUUUUUAACACUUGGAGUUACAAUUCUCGUCUUGUAUUAUGCUUCAUGCAACAGCUAUGGCCGGCUUCUACGUAGCUUCGAGAGUUUCCCUUCUUCAGCGAAGGUCAAAGAUGAAUUCUAUGAGCUAAGGAAGGUUCUAGAGGCGGCUUCAACCAAAGAUAAAACAGUGAUUUUGACAACUUUGAAUGAGGCAUGGACAAAACCAGACUCUUUAUUUGAUCUUUUCUUAAAGAGUUUUAGAACAGGAAAUAAUACAGCACCACUUUUAAAUCAUUUGGUGGUUAUAGCAGUAGAUGAGAAGGCGUAUUUACGAUGUCAAAAGUUGGUCACUCAUUGUUAUUUUCACAAGACUAAGCAAUCUUCAGAAAUGGCUCAUGAAGCUAGGUUUAUGAGCCCUAUCUAUAUGGACAUGAUGUGGGAAAGAUUGGCUUUCUUACAAACCAUUUUAAGCUUGGGCUACAACUUUCUUUUCACGGAUACGGAUGUUAUGUGGUUUCGAGAUCCAUUCCCACAUUUCACUCUUGAUUCAGACUUCCAAACCUCAUGUGAUUUGUUCAAUGGCAUGGAGUUCGACAUACAGAAUUCCCCUAAUAAUGGAUUUCUGUUUGUAAGAUCCAACCAUCGAACCAUCAAAUUCUACAAAUUUUGGGUUUCUUCACGGAACACAUAUCCUAAUUUACAUGAACAAGAUGUUUUCAAUCGAAUAAAAAACGAUAUUUACAUACAAAAACUUGGAGUAAAAUUAAGAUUCUUGGACACAGAUUAUUUUGGCGGAUUUUGUUCACCAAGCAAAGAUUUCAAUAAGGUUUGCACCAUGCAUGCUAAUUGUUGUGUAGGGUUGGACAGAAAAAUAGCUGACCUUAAUACUACACUUGAGGUUUGGAAGAAUUAUCAAUUGUCUUCAAGUAAUACAACACAACAAUCUUCAGAUUGGACGGUUCCAAAACAAUGUCAUUUGUGACAUAUAUAGAAGUAUACAAAUGUUGACUUAUUUUUUUUGUUUUGGCCCCUAAUUCUAAUGGUUUCGAAUAGAUUUGCUUGA